AAAACAUUUUAAUAUUUUUUUAGUAUUAUUUCUACUAGUAUUAGUUUAGUAUACGUGUUUAAUGUUUAUAAAUGAAAAUUAAGUUGUUGUUUCUUGUACAUAUAAAUUAUUAAUUACAAAUACAAACGUAUAGACUAUAGUUUAGAAAAAUGUCUUCAAAGAAAGGGUUUUUUUGUAUGAAUACAUUGAAACAAUUUGACGCAUUUGCUAAACCAUUAGAAGAAGUUCAAAUAAAAACUGUAUGGGGAGGAAUCGUUUCUUUGGUGUGUUUUCUGACCAUUGUACUUUUGAUGGUGUCAAAUUUAGUUGAAUAUCUUGACAACACUCCCACUGAAGAACUUUUUGUUGACACAUCACGAAAUAAAAAGUUACAAAUAAAUUUUGAUAUUGUUGUUCCUAAAAUAUCUUGUGAUUUUCUAGUUUUAGAUGCAGUUGAUAAUUCAGGUGAAACACAUUUGCAGGUGGAUCAUAAUAUUUAUAAACGGAGGUUAAAUUUAGAAGGUCAACCAAUUAGUGACCCUGAAAAAUCUGAUGAUGUUGGCAGUAAAAAAAUAUUAAAACCUGAAUCUAUGUUAAAAUCAAAUGAAACAGAUAAUGCUAAUAAUACUGAAGCCCUUUGUGGAAGUUGUUAUGGAGCUGAAAGUUCAACUAUUCCGUGUUGUAAUACUUGUGAUGAUGUUAAAAGAGCUUAUAAAAUGAAAAAUUGGGAUUUCCGCCCUUCAAGUAUAGAACAAUGUAUGAAUCAAUCAUCUCAAAAUGAAAUGCAUGACAAAGCAUUUAAAGAAGGCUGUCAACUAUAUGGUACACUUCUGGUAAAUAGGGUCAGUGGAAGUUUUCAUAUUGCGCCAGGGAUGAGUUUUUCAUUUAAUCAUAUGCAUGUUCAUGAUGUACAUCCAUUUUCAUCUUCAUCGUUUAACACAACUCAUAUUAUAAGACAUUUGUCAUUUGGUCAAAAAUUGGAAUCAAUGACUACAAAUCAUGGCGGUAAUCCAUUGGACUCAAGCGAAUCUAUUGCUGCAGAAGGAGCAACAAUGUUUCAGUAUUAUAUUAAAAUUGUUCCAACACUCUAUCAAAGAAGAGACUUAUCAUUAUUUUCUACUAACCAGUUCUCAGUGACCAAACACAAGGUAUAUUUUUGGUUUUAUUGUGUUGAGUAUUGA